AUGCCCCUGACCACGCAUCACCACGUCGCGUCGGAAAAGGGUCUCUCGUCGGUGAGCAGCCUCAUUGUCGGGUCGAAACAGUGUGUGCUCAUCGACCCGCCGUUCCUCAUCCAAGAUGCCGAGUCGGUUGUCUCGUUCAUCCGAUCUCACACUGCCCAUCCGCUGGUGGCGGUCUUCGUGACUCACCACCACCCGGACCACUACUUCUCGGCCAACCCGAUUCUGGACGCCUACCCGUCGGCCAGGCUGUACGCUGCACCGUACGUGCGGGCCGGUAUCGACCGAGAAUAUGACGAGAAGGUCUCGUACUGGCCGACAGUGUUUGGAAAGGAGAGUGUGCCCGUCAGCCCGAAGAAGCCCGAGCCGUACCCAUACAGUUUCUUUGUGCUGGAGGGCGACGAGAAGAGCCCCGUGUGCUUGCUGGGACCCGUCCAGGGAGACAGCGUGGACCACACUUUGUUUUGGCUGCCGACGGAGCGCACCGUCAUCACGGGCGAUGCAGUUUAUGCAAGGAGCACUCACGCUUGGGUCGAGGAAAUCGAAACCCCCGACAUCCUCCACGCGUGGUAUCUUACGCUCGAUCUGAUCGAAGCCCUGCAGCCAACCAAGAUCAUCGCCGGCCAUCUCGAGUCGGGUUGGGAGCUGGAUGCCAAAGCCGAUCUAGCAUAUAUGCGCAGCUAUCUCGACCUCUUUAGCCAGAAGAUCACCUACGCGCCCAAGAAGGCGACGGUGGAGGAGCUGUACGCCACGUUCAAGAAUGCCUUUCCGCAGUGCGACAAGAAUCUGGAUUUCUUCUUGGGCCACUUGAGUAAUCAGUUUGGGGAGGGCGGGCAGGUCUGGGAGGAGAAUCGGCAUCAUGCGGUGGAUCAGAGGAAGAGGGAGCAAUUGGAGGGCUUUUGGUUUGGGCUGGGUAAAUAG